AUGGACAGCGCCGCGCUGCACAAGGUUCGCUCGCGGAGAUCACAUCAGAAGUCUCGACUAGGCUGUAAAAAUUGCAAACGGCGGCGGGUGAAGUGUGAUGAGAAGAGGCCAUCGUGUACGAAUUGCGUAAACCAUUCUAUUGAAUGCGACUUCUCCGUAUCUACUCCAACAUCGCCAUCACCAUCACCACCUGCAGCAUCAUCGGCUCGUCAGCGGUACCGUUUCAAACAAUCCAAGUAUCAGACUUUAUCUUCUUCAGCGCCUAAUGAAAGAAAUCAGCGCCCUGGAGACAGCUCUGUUGCCGUCCAAUGCGAUCUUUCCGCCAACAACAGUGCUGCGGGCGGAAUCUCGUUUGCGGAUCUUCAACUCUUUCAUCACUAUCUUAUAUCCACAUAUCGCACACUUACAGACGAGGCUUUGGACCGACAUGGUGUUUGGUCGAUUCACAUCCCACAGUGGGGAAUCUCGUUUCCCUCGAUCCUCCAUCUAAUGCUGGCUUUGUCAGCUCUCCAUCUUGGUCAUCAGAAUCCAGAUCUUCGGCACCAAUAUGUGAUGCAGGCAAAUGAUCAUUUUACUUUUGGUAUCCGAUCUGUCACUACCGUCCUCUCACAAUUGGACUCCGAGAAUUGUCAAAUGAUUUAUAUGUCAGCAGUCAUGAUCUGUCUCGUUUACUUCGGACACGGCCCCCGACCAGGAGAAUAUCUCGUAUUCAGUCGCCAAGGGCAGGCUGAGUGGCUAGUUCUCAUGAGGGGAGUUCGUUCGAUUCUGGCAUCAAAUCGCGCUGAGAUCUUCUCCGGUAUCUUAACACCUCAGACGGAUGAUAGCGUCCAAAGCGUCACUCCCGACUUGGAGAGAGAAUUGCAUCAACAUUGCGAUCGCAUCAAGGAGAUAAUGACUUUGAUCGAGAUGCAGACGGCUGGCACCGAAAGGGACUUGUAUAUUAGCGCUUUGGGCUGCCUACCAGACAGUUUCGAGGAAGCUUAUAUGAUGCGAAGUGCGGGAAAAGACGGGGUAUCUUUAUUACCUAUGGUCAUAGGCUGGAUAUAUCGACGCCCAGAAGCAUUUAUCGUGCUUCUGGAAAAAAAAGAUCCAUUCGCGCUCGUUAUUCUGGCUUAUUGGAGUAUUCUACUAACCUAUAUGACCUCGUCCUGGCUCUUUGUUGGUUGGGAUCAACAUGUUAUCGAAGGUAUUCGGGAUUCUCUGAAGGAAGAGUUCCAUGAUUGGAUCAGCUGGCCUGAGACUGUCAUCAGCAUGCGAGGCUAG